AUCGAGAUUAGCGACGGGUACCAGCAGUGCACCCCGAGUGAAAAUCUCGCCCGCAUGCACCCGGGCCGGUUUCACCAGGAAGCUACCGAAUCGCGCACCUUCGUUGGCACCACCACCACCAGCAGUACUUCUAGUACCACCACGGUGAGUAGCACGGUGACCACGGUGACCAGCCCGGCGGGGGUCGCCGUGUUCCCUCAGCCGGAUUUGGACCAAAUGUUCGACAGCACCGACGAGGGACACCUGAAGUGGCAGGAUUUUACGAAGGGCAACGAUCCCGGCGUGAACGAGUUUUCCCUGGACCGGUGGCAGGCGUACUGGUACGAGCGGAACCCACCGAACGACUACUACGGCCCCACGUUUUACCUGAUGCAGCGCCGGUAUAAAUUGAACGCCCAGAGGACGAUCCACCUAAACGCCGACUGGGACAACACGAUGAACACAUGGCUGAAGGGCACGGGGCAGAAGUUGGAUGCUUCUGUAUCCUGAGUAAAAACGUCCCCACCACAGAGUUGUCAUGCAAGUGCACAAUGACAGGAACGUUUGUCAUGCGUAGCUCCAUGAGAGACAUUUUCCAAUCGUGAUUUGGAAUUUGUAAUGUUGUAAACUGGAUUAGAAAAUGGCUUUCUCAUGCGGCUUCGGCUUCCCUUGCCAGCGAGUACUACACAGCAGAGGAAAACUUGUCAUGCACAGCUCCCAAAAAAAGGAGAUUUGUGUUGCUAGAUUCCCAACUUGACUAUGGGGUGGGGACGUUUUUACUUUGGAUAGUCUAAGAAACCGAAGCUGCUGACCGACGAGGACGACGACUGGGACGAGGUCAUGACCCGGUACUAUGCAUUGCAAAUAUGCCUGGGUCUGGAAGGAUGCAAACUUGUGAUGCGCAUUUUAAACGACACAAAUUACUAUCUAUUAUAUUCAUGCGAAAAAAGAGGUCUACAGAGGGUAGACGAGAGGUGGCCGAGAGGUCAAAAAGAGGUCAAAAGAGGUCAAAAAGAGGUCGACAGAGGUGGAGAGGUGGCGCGGGAGGUCAUUCGGGAGGGUGGCCGAGAGGUGGCGCGGGUAUAGCGAGCCGAGCCGUUCACCCUAAAGCCGCGCCUAUAGGGACCAGAGGGGGCCGAGAGGGUGCCAAGAGGGUAGGCGAGAGGGGGACAGAGGUGCCGAGAGGUUGCGCGAAUAAGGGCGAACCUCUCGCGCACCCUCCUGGCCACCUCUCGGCCACCUCUGUAGACCUCUACCGGCGAGUAUAGCCGGACUAUUAGCAAAACCUCUCGGGAGAGGUAAAAAAGAGGGUCUGCGAGAGGGUACAAACAGCCCGAAUCCGCCCGGUAUUCGGCCGAUCUUCUGGGGAUUUUUGCAUCGCUUGGGCCCGCACCCUCUCGCGCCACCCUCUCGCGCACCCUCUCGCGCCACCCUCUCGCGCCACCCUCUCGCGCACCCUCUCGCGCCACCCUCUCGCGAUACCCUCUUGCGCCAGCAGUUCCGUCGGCCGGGAAGCCAUUGGGCGGGGGCGGGAGAGUGAUCAACACAGGGCAGCGCGGUCCCCCUUGUGCUUCGGCACUUACGCCGAGGCGGCUUCUCUUUGCCCCCAAGCUUCGCUGCAGCUGCUCCCUGCGCAUAGCGCCUAAAGGCGCGGGAAGCGCGCAGGAGACCCUGCGGGUUUGCAUGGCGCAAAACGGCGACAGUAUGUUCCUCGGGGGGGGGGCUGUCGCGCUGCGUCCAAAGCUCCUGGCGCGGCGUCCCGAUCCGCAAAUAGUCCGCCCCGCCACAACAGCCUAGCGCCCCGGCGUCAGCCGGGGCAUGGCUGGUAUCUGUCAUGCAACAUGGACAGCAAAAGUUCCCCACUUCUUAUCACUGAAGGCGGGGAUUUCUCAUGCGGAUUAGGCAUUAGGAAACCUCCUCAAAACCUGUGAUGCUGGGGCGGGCGUGCCAGACCUGCUUGGUCAGGCAAGAAAAGCAUGGCAAACAUCUGCACUCGUCCAGACCCAGACAUAUUUGCAGUUGAUAGGUACGAGUGGGAAACCAUUGCGCACAGAAAAGCCUUCUCCGAUGCCGGUGUGCCUAUUAUACCGAAAGACCACUCGCACAGCAUUCUCACGAAGGAGGCGGUAACGGCGCUGUG